AUGAACCUUGAACUGACAGGAAAUUACAGGCACUCAGCAUUAACUGAUUUUCUGGCCUCCAACAACAUAUCCGCUGCCCAGAUCCAAGAAGAUCACCAACGACGUCUCAGAGAGGCCGAGCAACAGGCGGCUACUGAAGGGGCCGGAAAUACUGCUGAAGAAGAAUACGAAGAUGAUACCAAUGAGACACCAGAGCAAAAGAAAAAGCGCAAGCGACAGGAGACGGUCGCACUGGCGAAAAUCAAGCAGAGCAAGGAGUUUGCCCGCCGCAAAUCGAGGCGUGUCGGAGAGCCCGAUGACGAUGAAGAUCACAUUGCCAGAGAGAUGAUGCAUGAAAAAUCUCGACCGAUGCCAGGUCAACUAGAGAACUGCGAGGUUUGCAGCAAGCGCUUUACGGUUACACCUUAUAGCAAAACGGGCCCGAACGGGGGACUUCUCUGCGCCAAGUGCUCGAAGGAAGUGGCAGAUGGCGAAAAGAAAAACAAAGCUAAGAAGCGUGGACCGAGGACUGGCCGCCGUCAGAACCAAAGCAAUUUGCUCGAUGGGAUUGCUCAACAUGGUGCUCUGAGUCUAGUUGAAUUGUGUACUAGAAAAGUUGCAGACAACAUCAACGAUAUCGAAGAAUUCGGAGACUUGCCGUCGUCGUUGCUACAUCGUCUCAGUCAGAUCUUGUCCAAGAGACGCGUUCUGACCCCAAGGACUCUGAACUUGUUUCUUCGCCCCGAUUUGAGAUCCAUUGACAUCUAUGACUGUGGGAAGCUCGAAACUGAUGAUUUUCAGAAGAUAUUCGCUUUCAUGCCUUCACUGACGCACGUCAAUCUCCGCUUUGCCGGACAGAUGAAAGACAAGGUCUUUGAAUACAUGGUGGAUCGCGACUUGAAGAUCAAGCAUCUACAAUUGGAUGCUGCUAACCUUGUAUCCGACGCCUCCUGGAAACAGCUAUUUCAGAAAGUCGAAUCACAGUUGGAGAGUCUCAAGUUAUCUAAUCUUGAUUUUUCAUUUGAUGACAACACCGUUGAGGAGAUGUGCAAAUAUUGCUCGGGGCUUCAACGACUUAAACUAAAGCAAUGCUGGAAAACAGGCGACAACUCCCUUCGGGCCAUCUCGACCUUGAACUCGCUAGAACACCUGUCUUUGAAUUUUGUUCAAGAAACGAACGGCGACAACCUUGUCGAAAUCAUUGCACGCCUUGGUCCAAAUCUGCGAACAUUGUCAUUGGAAGGUUUUUGCGACGCCGAUGACCGCCUUUUGGAAAAUAUUCAUCAUCAAUGCCGUUCCCUAUCUAAACUGCGAUUGUCGGACAAUGCUGUGUGCAGUGAUAGGGGAUUUGUCGGUCUUUUCCAAGGUUGGCUCAACUCUCCCCUGGAAUAUGUGGACCUCUCAUCAACCCGAGAUGUGGAUAACUCAAACCCGGAUGGACCAACCGAUGCAAUCGGGCUUGCAUCGCAAGGAUUUAUAGCUCUGAUGAACCACUCUGGCUCUAAGAUACAUACAUUAAAAAUCCCAUCUUGCCGUCACAUAUCUCACGACGCGUUUGAGGAAGUAUUCUCCGAGGGGAAGAGCUACCCCCACUUGAAGGAGCUGGAUGUGUCCUUCCAAACGGUCAUGGACGACUAUCUGGUUGGGUGUAUCUUUCGAUGUUGUCCAGCGAUUAAGAAACUGGUGGCCUUUGCAUGCUUCAAUGUGCGGGGGGUCCGGGUUCCUAUGGGAGUGGCAUUAAUCGGAGGCUUGAAAGCACAGGAUCCGAUGAUUGUCGAAGGUGAAUUCUAG